CUUACUUACCUACGCACGCUACGUCAAAGGCUCGAGGGUUGUCUUCGUCUGCGGCCGAGAGCGAUCAAUCCCCGACCUUUAUCCUGUCUUUUUUAUCCGUUUUAUUUAGACAUGCCCUUCACCAGGCGAACCGACCUCUGUCCUUGACACACUCCCCCACUUCGCUCACGAUGGCAGACGCUCUCUGCGGGCCAUCGAACCCGCUUCAGAACCUGCAAAAACACACCCAGGUAGAUCGGACGCUGCAGCAAGACCGUCUUAUUGGCAACAGACAGUCGCCUAGCCAGGGCUUCCGCACCGUCGACCCUCGAGCCGGAUCCCUCGACGCCGACUUUCACGCCUUUGAGACCUCCACGCCGCACCCUUUCCAGUUCCAGCAGCCUGAACUAUUUCACCCUCAGAGCCAUGGCCCUUCUGCUCCGGCAGGGUGGGCUGCCGACUUUCAACGGCUAUCCAUAUCCCAGCAGCAGCCUGUGCCGGCGGGGCAGUUUCGCACUGAGGCGCCGCUGAUCAAGUCCACUACGCUCGGCGGAUGGCAAAAUGAAUUCAUGCGGCAGCGGUCGGGGGCCGGCACACCAGUUGCGCAGGGGAAGCAAGCAGUACGGGAUAGUCCACAAUUGAGCAAUGGCGGCAUUUUCCAACAGUCCAUGAUGGACUAUUCCCAGCCCAUGUACCAGUCAUACUCUGGCGGGUUCCAGCAAGAGCCACAGAUGCAGCAGUCAACAAUGAUGUCUAUGGAGCAACAUGUCCAAAUCUCCGACGUGGAUUUCGAAGCCGCUUUCGCGGACGCAUUCGCUCACGCUCAAGAGAUGGACCAGCAACGCGCGCUGUCUUCAGAUCCUGAUGCCAUGAUCUCUGAGACGGGCAUGCCACGACCUGAUGAGGGAGAAACCGUGCGCAUAGGCAGCGACGCCAUUGCUUACCGCGAGAAAGUGGAACGGACGGCAGAACAAGACACGCGCGAUGCUGACGAACUAGCCCGCACCGCAGGCCAACUCCUCACCAGCGUCUCACACGACAAUAGCGAAAAGUUCCAAAACAGCCAGUUUCUGCAGCUCAUGCGGAAAAUCCGGGACCGAGAGGUCGAGGUACAAGGUGACGAACUACAAGAAACCGGCAGAUCGACGUCCAUCUCGACGCCGGCACCGGCACAAGAAAAUCGACAGGCACCCGCCGAGGGUGCCACGAAUCAGCAGUCGUCGCAUUUUGAGUUCCCCGACAUGGACGCCGUUUAUGCGCCCACCAACACGAGUGAUGCGUGGGCAGACUCGGAGCUGGACCAGAAUGCGCAGCACCGCUACGCCGGGUCGUGGGACUACCCCCCCGCAAGCGCGCCGCAGUGGAAAAAUGCGCCCGAGGUGACGGCGCACGACCCCCAGGUCCUCCAACGGUCACCUUACACGACGUACGGGUUCGAUGACGACCAGUAUCCCGCGCACCCGCAACCGCAGUCGCAGUUCGAGGCGCUCCACCCGGGCGGGAAGUACUACCCAGACCAGUCCCCGCGCCUGCAGCGCGCAGCCAUGGACGCCGCAGGAGAAGGCGAGAUGAUGAGCGGCGCCGUCCAACCUCCUCCCGUCGAAGGAGGAAAUGGCGAGCACGGCAGUGCGCAGCAGGAUGGCGCCACUCUUGAGAAGCGUAUCUCUGCGAGCGACUUUGACUACUUGGACUCCACCUGGUUCAAUUUCCACCGGUAACUGAAUUGCCUGCGAUGAGAAAAGAGCUCCUCCAGGAUGCAAAGGGACGUUGUCUCGUCGGUAGUCUGCGACUCCCUCCACAGCAUCAUAAGGAUACCAACCGAGCUGUUGGCUUGGACUAGACGUGCGCCGCGGAUUCGCAACGGGUGUCGGUGUCCAGGAUUCCAUGACGUGCAUGGGGACGGGCUUGUACAGAUAGAUAAUGCCUUGGUCGGGAGUGUGUGUGUGUUUCAGGGAGAGGUUAUUAUUCGGUCGGUCCCCUAAUACCUCAUCGUUACCUAUACUCCGCUGGCUUCCGGGCCAUUCAUUCGUGUCCCCUCAGCCUGCCACUACUGGAAGUCGAGGCUUGGAAUUCACAGACGAGCUGGAUGAGAACGACAUGCCGCAGCAGGCGGAAUUGCAUAAAGACACUCUGUCGUCAUCUCAUUCCAUUUCAUCCAUCCAUCCCCUAACUUCUCCACUCGUCCUGUGAAUGUAUAAGUCUGCUCGACGUGUCUAUAUACCCAAUCAAUCAUGUCCCCGUCGAGGAUACUUUCGCAAUACCCAGGAGCAUCGAGCCAAUAACAAAACGCCCCCGGUCUCAUCGCUUCCAUCCACAAUGUAUGUACAUCGGGGCCAGCGGCUCUCCAUGUACAUCUCUUGUCCAAACCAAAAACGAUACCAAAGAUGUUGAAUUCAACUUCAGCCGCCCAUAGCAGCCGCCGCCGCCGCACCAGCAUCUCCCUCCGAUAUAACCCAAAGCAACGACCAGUUCAAGACGGCAAUGCUCGCCAUAACCCACCAAACGGCCCCUACACAAUUUCCCCCUAAUCCCAGGCCCAAUCCCCAUCCUCCAAGGGUAGGCCCCAGAGUUCUUGCCCCAGAAGAGACACUCUGCGCAAAGCCAUGGAUUGUGCCCAACACGCUCGGAUGCGGGGUACAAUUGUUGAUAAGAAUCGUCGAGCCCGGCAGAGCGAAUGUCCGGGCUAUGACUUGGAAAGCCAAGACAACGGUGAGACUGGGCCAGACCAAGUAUGCUUUGUUCGGGAGGAGGGCCAGAUAUGGCAUGAUGGCGUAUGCGAGGACAGAAAAGGGGAGGAACCAUCGGUAACUCGGUAAGGUGCCGAGUUUCGAGUUGAGGGACGGGUAGAGGAGAAUCUGGAGAGGGAAACCGAUGAUGCCGAUGAUGGCGGUGGCGAGGCCGACGCGGUCGGAACUGAGCCCGAGGCCACCGGUGAAGAGAAAUGGUAAUCUUGCAUGGGCGUUGUUCGACCGGGG